AUGUUUGGAAAAAUUAUACCAAUAUUUACUCAAGUAAUACCAUCAAUUGGUAUCAAAACAGUGAGACAAUUCAAUACAACUUAUACUGCAUUAAAAGGAGUAAGACAAGUACCUUGGAAAAUUGAUCAUACCAAAUGGCCAAUGACACCCAUCAGAAGAAAAAUGCGUGAUAAUUUUCCGUAUCCCAAUGAAGUAAAAAGAGUAAGGACCCAUGGAUACCAAACAAGGAUGUCGACACUUCAUGGACGAAAAAUAUUAAUGAGGCGUAUUUUAGCCGGUCGCUUUAUCCUUUCGCAUUAG